AUGACGGCCGCCCUGCCGGCCGCCCUGCCAUGGGACUACGAUGUGCGGAAGGGGCAGGAGAUGCCCCCGGGCAUUCGGCUGCUGAGGGUCACGGACAUUGCCUUUACCCAGAAGCAGGUGAACGAUUCCUUUUCUCACGAGCAGCGGCCGAUUCUGGAGCUCAUUGAAUCGGUCCUUUCAGGCGCCGCGCACCCGAGGGACAUUCCCUUGAUUCGCGUGGCGUGGCAUCAGGGGCAGUUCUGGGCGAUUGACAAUCGCCGACUCUUUUGCUACAAGCACUGUAGGCUGGAAAGGCUGCCGGUGGAGGUCAUCCGCUGGGAGGAUCAGCACGAAUUCGACUCUUGGAUGUGA